AUUAUAGUUAAAGACUUAAAGUAUAUGUAUUACAUAGUUCAAGUCUGUGAAUAUCUGGAGUGUUGAACCAAGCUAGCGAGGACUAAGACCACCUCCAUCGGAGGAUUCUUAAGAGGAGUUUCAAUCAAAAAAGAAAGAAAAAAAAUGAGAAAAGCAGAAAAAAAAAAGAACCUGGUCUUAAAUUAGGAUUUAUAGGAUUGGUAAGGAACCCUUGCGUGGCAAAAUCCUAUUCGACCAACCCUUAAUUGCUUUCCCUUUUUCGCCGCGGCGAAAACCAUUGACGAUGAACGGAGAUGUCCAUGAAGUUGAGCGAGGAUUUCACCAAGAAGCUGGGAUUUUCAGAAGAGGGUGAAGAAAUUCGAAAACUCGAGAGAUCUUGGAGUAAACUCGAAGAUUCCGUCGAAUUUGACGAGGAAGAGGAAGCAGGAGAGGAAGAAGAGUUCUCGUUUGCUUGUGUAAACGCAGAAGGAUCUCCAAUAACCGCCGAAGAAGCUUUCGAGGAUGGUUAGAUCCGUCAUGUCUUGCCUCUCUUCAACUGCUAUCUCCUUUUCGAUCAAAACGACGGAGUUUCAGAGACCGACGACGAGGAGAUUAACCGGCCGCGUCUUAGAAAAGUGUUCGUGGAAUCUCACAUUCCAACUAAAAAGCUACUUGUCCUUGGUGGAAAUGGGUUUGUGGGAUCACAUGUCUGAAAAGAAGCUAUCUGUCUCUAGCCUUAGCAGGUACUCUGUUUUCUUUAAGGUCUUCUGGAUCGAAAGAGCUGGUUGUGAUGAUGAGUGUGUUAUCCUUGUCACUGCUACAGUGGUUUAACUCCACUUUUUAUCUUCAUUUCUUUUGUAAAGUGUUGUUUUUAUAUUGUCUU